GAUGAAGAUCACGGAAGAUCAAGAGCCUACUCUCAAUCAGAUGUGCAAGACAGCUCAUCUCCAGAAACUAUGAAGCUCAACGUGGGUAUCUCCUCCAAUGGAGACGUUGAAGUUGGUGAGAUCAGCUUGACAGAGAUGGAUCCAGAGGAUAUACGGGCAAGUCAAAUUAUUCUAUUUUGUAUCCAUAAUGGGUUCAUGUUGGCAAACUGAUGCUGCAUGUCUCAUCGUUGUAUUUUGAUUUUGAUGUUACUUGUUACCUACAUUUUUUCAUGUAAGAGGCAUUUCAUCUUUAAAAGUAAUUACCAGUAUUAUAAUUUAGUUAGUUAAAUAGUUUAACAUGAACAUUUAGCGUGGCAUUUAGACACCAUGAAAAGAAAAAAAAGCAAACUUGAAUACCAUUUCAAUUGUAGCAUCAAUGCUUAUGACAAUAAGUCUUGAGGGUGUAAAAAUAAGAUUUUUUUGCUCAAUGAGUUUUAUUCAAUCCCUUUAGAUUAAACACAAUCUAUUGUAACAUUAUUAAAGAAGAUUGCUGAAGCAGAUGGAGAAAUGAGUAACUAUCUCGUCUAGUACAGUUUCAGAUGUAACAGGUAGCAGAAUGUAAAAAUCUUGUUUAAUGGGUGUAUUAAUCAGUUCAGCAUCAUGCAGAGGUUCUUUACCUUUUUGCAGUGCAGCACAACAACUUGAUUUCAGAACAUAUCUCUUACCCCAUUCUGUAUUUCAAAACACAUUUCUUACCCUUAUUCUCGAUUUCAAAGCAUAUCUCUUACCCCAUUUUUUAUUUCAACGCAUAUCUCUUACCUUAUUCUUGAUUUCAAAGCAUAUCUCAUACCACAUUCUCGAUUUAAAAGCAUAUCUCUAACCCCAUUCUCGAUUUCAAAGCAUAUCUCUUACCCCAUUCUCGAUUUCAAAGCAUAUCUCUUACCCCAUUCUCGAUUUCAAAGCAUAUCUCUUACCCAUUCUCAAUUUCAAAACAUAUCUCUUACCCCAUUCUCGAUUUCAAAGCAUAUCUCUUACACCAUUCUCAAUUUCAAAGCAUAUUUCCUGCACUGCCAUGAUAAAAAAGCAUAAACAGAAAUGCAAAUGAACCCAAUAUUGUGGGUCGUCCCACAUUCCCUCACACUGCCUCCUGCACCCCAAGUGAUGCAGGCACUCCUGUUUAGGAACACUGGUUUAUUGCUUUGAAUGUGCUUGGCGGGUGAUUAAGUGUCUUAAUAAGCUACAACAGGUGGUUUGGUGCUAUGAACUGGUACAACAGGUGGUGCACAGGCAUGACUUUAUCAACUAAAAUUGUUAAUUUCCACAACGAGUGCAGAUUACGAUCACUCAAGAUAUAAUCAAACUCACAUCCGUGUCUUACAUUUGUGUCUUACAUCUACAUACUAAAUGUGUCUUACAUUUUUUUUUUCCUAGGCUGAACUCAAGCGGCUCUACACACAGCUCCAAAUUUACAAAACCAAAACAAUGAGAAAGGACAAUCCACACAUCUCAAAGCGAAGGGGUGGGCGUAAGCAGACACAUCGGCGCUUCUCAUUGCAAGCUUUCCAUCACAAGCACCGCCACCAUCAUGACCACGAUCAUGAACAUGAGAUGUCUAAAACACCCGAAGAGUCUACAAACUCAGCAGAGGCAAUGGCUUUCACUAUAGAGCCCAGUGUUAAAGAGGACCCUAAUGAAGGGAGAUCAGUCCCAUCUGUAAGCUUUAAACCUGGACAUAAGUAAUUCUACUUUGCUG